CGGGAAGCAAGCCAAUCGUAUUCCCAACGCAAACUCAGUGGCGGCAUUUUCAACUGGAUGCCUAGCUGUGUUCCGCCCUCUGGUUCCUUAGCUUUGUAUGCAGGAAACUGAUGGAGCUCGGAACUGAGCGGGUAAAACCGCUGUGGAUCUCGGUUCCUGAAAUAAGCUUUUGGUGGACAUCGGCCUCAUGAGUGGACGGCAAAGAACGCUUUUCCAGACGUGGGGCUCAAGCGUUUCCCGAUCUGUUGGGACUCCUAGUUGCAGCUCCGGAACUGAACGGCCUCAGGCCUGCUCAGAGGCGCGUUUAUCUGCCGCGGCUGCGUCUCAGCCGGAGUCGGACGAUGAUGUGUUACUAGUCGCAGUGUACGAGGCUGAGCGGCAGCUGAGUCUAGAGAAUGGCGGGUUCUGCACCUCAGCGGGUGCCCUGUGGAUCUACCCCACUAAUUACCCUGUGCGGGACUACCAGCUGCGCAUCUCCAGGACCGCUCUGUUCUGCAACACUUUGGUGUGUCUUCCUACCGGGCUGGGAAAGACCUUUAUUGCCGCGGUGGUCAUGUACAAUUUCUACCGCUGGUUUCCUUCCGGCAAGGUUGUUUUUAUGGCCCCCACGAAACCCUUGGUGACACAGCAGAUCGAGGCUUGCUACCAGGUGAUGGGUAUCCCGCAGUCCCACAUGGCCGAAAUGACAGGUUCCACUCAAGCUUUCACCAGGAAGGAAAUAUGGUGCAGUAAGAGAGUCCUUUUUCUUACACCUCAGAUCAUGGUAAAUGACCUUACUAGAGGAGCUUGUCCUGCUGCUGAUAUAAAGUGUCUGGUUGUUGAUGAAGCUCAUAAGGCUCUUGGAAACUAUGCUUAUUGUCAGGUUGUAAGAGAACUGGUCAAGUACACAAAUCACUUUAGAAUCUUGGCUCUUAGUGCCACACCAGGUAGUGAUAUGAAGGCAGUGCAACAGGUUAUUACCAACCUACUAAUUGGUCAAAUAGAGCUUCGUUCUGAAGAUUCUCCAGAUAUUUUGCCAUACUCUCAUGAAAGGCGAGUAGAAAAGCUUGUUGUUCCCCUUGGUGAAAAACUUGUUUCCAUUCAAAAGACAUAUAUCCAGAUUUUGGAAGCAUUUGCCAGUUCUUUGAUUCAGAAGAAUGUUUUGAUGAAAAGGGAUAUUCCCAAUCUAACAAAAUACCAGAUAAUUCUGGCAAGAGAUCAAUUUAGGAAAAAUCCAUCUCCAAAUAUUGUUGGAAAACAACAAGGCAUAAUUGAGGGAGAGUUUGCCAUUUGUAUUAGUUUAUAUCACGGUUAUGAAUUAUUGCAGCAAAUGGGAAUGAGAUCAUUAUAUUUCUUCCUUUGUGGAAUUAUGGAUGGAACAAAAGGAAUGACACGGGCCAAAAAUGAGCUUAGUCGAAAUGAGGACUUCAUGAAACUCUAUAAUCAUCUAGAGAGCAUAUUUGCACAUACGUGUGAUACUUCGACAGGUGACGUUUCUGCUAUCCAAAAAGGAGAUAAAGAUAGAAAGUUUUUCUAUAGUCAUCCAAAGUUAAAGAAAUUAGAAGAAGUUGUAGUUGAACACUUCAGAUCAUGGAAUGCUCAAAACAUCUCCGAAAAGAAAUUUGGUGAGACCAGAGUUAUGAUCUUCUCUUCAUUUCGAGAUAGUGUUCAAGAAAUUGCAGAAAUGUUUUUACAGCAUCAGCCAAUUAUUAGGGUAAUGACUUUUGUUGGCCAUGCUUCAGGGAAAAGCAUGAAAGGUUUUACUCAGAAGGAGCAACUGGAGGUAGUGAAGCGGUUUCGUGAUGGUGGUUACAACACAUUGGUUUCUACCUGUGUUGGUGAAGAAGGUUUGGAUAUAGGAGAAGUUGAUCUUAUAAUAUGUUUUGAUGCCCAGAAGAGCCCAAUUCGUCUUAUACAACGAAUGGGUAGAACUGGCCGUAAACGUCAAGGCAGAAUUGUUGUUAUUCUUGCUGAAGGACGAGAGGAACGUACUUACAACCAGAGUCAGUCCAACAAAAGAAAUAUUUAUAAAGCUAUUUCAGGUAAUAGACAUGUCCUUCAUUUUUACCAAAGAAGUCCACGAAUGGUUCCUGAUGGAAUCAAUCCAGAAUUACAUAAAAUGUUCAUCACACAUGGGGUGUAUAAACCAAAGAAGCCCUCUCGGAAUGUACAGCGGAACUCAUCUCUGUUUUCCUGUAGAAAUGGAAUAAGGCAAAAUACUUCAAAUAACUGGUUUUUAUCGGAGGAAGAAUUUAAGUUAUGGAACAGGGUCUAUAGAUUAAGAGACAGCGAUGAAAUUAAGGAAAUAACACUACCUGCAGUACAGUUUGUAUCUUUACAGGAUGGAGAAAACACAUCAACUCUACCAACUCUUGGGAUUCAUCAGCUCUCUCUCUCUGAAUGGAGAGUGUGGCAGGAUCAUCCUUUUCCUACACAUCAAGUUGACCAUUCAGAUCGAUGCCACCAUUUUGUAAGCAUUAUGCAAAUGAUAGAAGGAAUGAGACAUGAAGAGGAUGAAUGCAGCUAUGAAUUGGAAAUGAAAUCUUAUUUACAAAUGGAAGAUGUUAGCUUGGCAUUUAGCAUUCCCAGGAAUGACUGUAAUAAUCUUGCCAAUGAUACCUUAACUACUCACAAGAAAUCUUCAUUUAUAAAGAAUAUAAAUCAAGGCAGUUCACUUUUAAUGACAGAAUCUGAUAAGAAAUAUGCUGAAAUUUUUAAAAAAACUCACAUCAAACCUACUAAAAUUGUUUCUGCAAAUAAAAAAACUUCUAAAGAAACGAAGAAAGACUGGCCUAAUAAAGAAAAUUGUGAUGAUAUUAAUUCUUUAGAUACUGUUGAAACUAUUUUUCAGGUAGACUUAAUAAAUGGUAAAAAGACAGAUGGAAUUUCUGCCACAUGUACUAUUAAUGAAAAUGGUGUUAAUGAGCCAGGUGUCUUAGUAACAGAGGGUCAGUUUACAAAUAAAUCUAGUUCUUUUGCUGGAAGUUUUUUAGAUUCUGGUUAUAAUAGUUUUAGUGAUGAGAAAUCUCUUUCAUCUAAUUUAUUUCUUCCAUUUGAAGAAGAGCUUUAUAUAGAUAGAACAGAUGAUCAAUUUUAUAAUUGUCACUCAUUGACAAAAGAGGUACUUGCUAAUGUAGAGAGAUUUUUAUCUCAUUCUCCUCCACCUCUCAGUGGAUUCUCAGACUUGGAGUGUGAAACUGCUGAGGGUUUUACAUUUGAGAAUUUGCUCUCCCUACCCUAUGCAGAGCACAUACUAAAUCGUAAGUCCACCUCUUUGAUGUCAUGUUCAGCUAUGAAUUCUCAACAAAAAUUAGGAUUGGAUUUACUUAAACUUAUCAAUCAUUCUUCAGAAAAAAAUUGUCUCUUUGAUGCAUCUAAUGAUAAGAUUUCUAAUGAGUCAUGCUUCAGUGGCUUUGAUGAUAAAGUACAUAAAAAUAUUAAAAAUGAAAAUAUAGUGACUAACAACCAUGUUCAAAUAUACAUAGAUCCUGUGAAGAACUUAGUUGACAGAAAUAACUUUGAUAUUGUUAAAAAUGACCUUCCAGUGUUGUUAACUAAUCAGGAUGAGAGUUUAUCACUAUUUGAAGAAGGUAAUGAAGAGUUUAAUGACGUGAGCCUUUCUCCUUUGAAGAGUGAUUGCAAAUCUUUAUGUGUGUCAAAAAAACCUGUUAUAAGUGAAAUGGCUCCUAUCUCGCAGUUUUUAAUUUCUGAUGAACAUUUAUGUGAUAAUUCUCAAUCCCAAGAUCAAAUUAUUAGUGGUACUAAUAGCUGGAAAUCUCAUGAAGAUUUGAAAGAUAUCCAUGAGGAAAAACGGAAGAGUGAUCAAUAUGCUUUUCAUUGCUCUGGGGAUUUAUUUUCUAUUACCUUUGAUUUAGGAUUUUGUAGUUCAGAUUCUGAUGAUGAAAUAUCAGAACAGCCAUCAGAUACAAAUAACAGUAGACUUCAAGAUGAUAUGUCUGGAAGAAAUGUAUGUAUUAAGGAGGCAAAGGAUACACAUUAUGUCUCAAAUCAACCAAGAGAUCAUGUUGGAAAAUUUACCAGUGGAGCCAUACCUAUCCCAUCAAGUGAAGAUAUACACAGUCCAAAUUUUGUACAUUUUCCACUGACUGCAGCAAAGGGUAAAGAAUUUGUAUCUCCUGGAUUUUCUGAGUUUUCUUUGCCAGUACGAGAAAAAAUUAUGAGUACACCACUUUCUAAAAACACAUUGAGCUCACUUUCUAAGAUAAGAGAAGAUAUGCUUAAGAUGCCAGAUUCUAAUAAGGAAGAAGUAAAUCUACAACGUUUCAAAGAAACAUUGGAUUCAGUUUUUGAUGGUUCAGAAUUUUCUCCAGAAAAGGCUAAAAGCAGUGAUCAAAUUUCUCUGCAUCAAUUCUGUGAUUAUUCUGCUGAAGAUGAACCAUUACUAGUAAGCAAUGAAAGUGAAGACGAUGAAAUUUUCCUAAGAAGUAAAAAACGAAAAGGAAAUGUUUUAGAAUCACCUGAAGAUCAGAAAAAUAGUGAAGUUGAUUCUCCAAUUCAUGCUGCCAAAAAGCGCAGGUUUCUUAGAUCAGAAUUAUCAUCUAGUGAUGAGGGUGAGAAUUUUCACAGACCACAUUCACAAUUAGAAGAUUUCAAGGACUGUAACAGGAAUGCCAGAAGAGGCACCAAAGUCCAAAAGACACAGAGUCAUCUAAAGAAUAUAGCUAGGAAGUUUUUCGAUGAUGAAGCAGAACUUUCUGAAGAAGAUGCAGAAUGUGUUUCAUCAGAUGAAAAUGAUGAGUCAGAAAAUGAACAAGAUUCCUCAUUACUAGGCUUCUUAAAUGAUGAAACUCAACUUUCACAGGCUAUAAAUGAUUCUGAAAUGAGAGCUAUUUAUGUGAAAUCUUUGCGUAGUCCGUUGAUGAGCAAUAAGUACAAAAUGAUCCAUAAGAAACAUAGUAAUGUAAACAUUUUCUCACAGAUUCCUGAGCAAGAUGAAACCUAUUUAGAGGACAGUUUUUGUGUUGAUGAAGAAGAGUCUUCUAAAAGCCAGUCAAGUGGAGAAGAAGUUUGUGUUGAUUUUAACUUAAUAACUGAUGAUUGUUUUGCAAAUGGGACUAAAAAAUAUAAAACCAGACGUGCAGUAAUGCUAAAGCAAAUGAAGAUGAAACAAAAUUGUGCACGCUCAGAAAAGAAAUUAUCCAGAAUCAUUUUACCAGAUGAUUCAAGUGAAGAGGAAAACAAUGUAAAUGAUAAAAGAGAAUCUAGUGUUGUGGGUAACCCAAGCACUGUUAACAAGAAUAAACAGGAUUUGAAUUUAGAGCCUUCUGGAUCUUCAUUGCAGCUCCAAGUUCUUCAUAAUACUAUAGUAAAUCAAUCACCAAAGCAGAAACAACGGACAUCACUUAAUUCAAAGGAUACAGUUUCUGAAACAUUGGACUUCAGACCUCAGAGCCAAAAUCAAAUCAAAUCUACCUCACCACCAUGCACUACUGUUGCAUCACAGAAAGAAUGUAGAUCAUUUCCAACUCAGUUAAAGGUUUGUAGUACUUUGCAGGAUUCUAGAAUUUCAUAUGGUUUCAGUUCAAGACCACAUUUGACUGAGAUUCAUAGUUCUCUUAAAAUUCCACAGGAAGGAAAAAGAACCUGUAUUCUUGUAGACAGUCGUGAAAUCACUUCUGGUGUAGAAGUUAUUUCUUUUUUAAGAGCAAUCCAUGGGUUUCAAGUAGAGGUAUGUCCUCUUAAUGGCUGUGAUUACAUUGUGAGUAAUCGCAUGGUGGUGGAAAGGAAGUCUCAAUCUGAGAUGUUAAAUACUGUCAAUAAGAACAAGCUCAUCGAGCAGAUCCAGCACCUACAGAACAUGUUUGAAAGAAUAUGUGUGAUUGUGGAAAAAGACAGAGAAAAAACAGGAGACACAUCAAGGAUGUUCAAGAGAACAAAGAGUUAUGACAGUCUGCUGACCACCUUAAUUGGUGCUGGAAUUCGAAUUCUUUUCAGUUCCUGCCAAGAAGAAACUGCAGAUUUGCUAAAGGAAUUGUCUUUAGUGGAACAAAGAAAGAAUGUUGGUAUUCAUGUUCCAACAGUGGUAAACAGUAGUAAAUGUGAGGCACUUCAAUUUUAUUUAAGUAUUCCCAAUAUAAGUUAUAUAACUGCAUUAAAUAUGUGUCACCAAUUUACAUCUGUGCAAGAGAUGGCUAACAGCUCACCUCAAGAAAUCUCCACCUGUGCACAAGUGACUCAUCAAAAAGCUGAGGAGAUCUAUAGAUAUGUUCACUACAUAUUUGAUACGGAAAUGUUACCAAAUGAUCUUAAAGAUAGAUUGAAAUAUGAUACAUGAUCAGAGACUACUCAAGAUGAAGUUAUUGUAUUCUCACAAUUCUAAAUGCACUUCAGUAAUCAUUGCUAUGGUUUGUGCCAGUUUAAAAUAUGUAACAGAAUAUUUCCUUAUCACUUAAAGAUAUUUUGUGUACAUUUUUAUUUAUGUAGAUUACAAAUUAUUUUAAAAGAAAUUCUUUAAUGCUUAGUAAAUAUUUUGACUAGAUUAUGGAAUUAAUUUCUUUAUUUAAUAAAUCAAUGUUUUGUUACAAGUACUAUUGAGGAGAAAAUAAAAGCUGAGUGAGAUGUGUUCUGGGAUUUUCCCUGCAAGAUGUAUUGUCAUUGUUAUUUCUUAGCAUGAAUAGUAUCCAUGCCUACUGCCAACUUAGUGGUCACAAACCAUUAUUCCUAUAUAUGAACUAUAAUAUUGCCAAUAUUUUAAAUGUACUGAAUCUAAACAUAUAUAUUGAUAAGGAUUAAGUGGUAGGUGUCUUGUCAGAUCAAUAACCCAGUCACUAGGAAAGUAGAAAAUUUAGAUAGGGCAAGGGAUGGAGGGGAAGGGAAGAGGAAUCGGGGUAGGAAAGACAGUGGAAUGAGGUGGACAUCAUUAUCUUAACUAAAUGUAUGAAGACACAAAUGGUGUGGCUCUACUUUGUGUAUAAUCAGACAUGAAAAAUUGUGUCUAUAUGUGUACCAUGAAUUGAAUCACAUUCUUCUGUCAUAUAUAACAAAUUAGAAUAAAUUUAAAAUUUUUUAACUGAAUGUCACCUCCACUAAAGAUAUAUACAAGUCAAGUAUAUUCAAGUCCUAAUAAUAUGGACUCCAAACUAUUACUUUUGUUGUUGAAAUAUAUUCUAAGUGGCAUAAGAGUUUGAAUUUAGUAUUUCUUGUGUGUGUGAGGGGGGUGGAUUUCCCUAGGGAUUGAACCGAGGGCUACUUUACCACUGAGCUAAAUCCCCUACCCCCGUUAUUUUGAGACAAAUUUUCACCAAAUUGCUUAGGGAGGUUUAUCUUUAGAUUUAUAUAGAAUAGAAAAAAGCGACACUUUUUUUUCCUCCAUGUAUGUAUGGUACUAGGGAUUGAACUUAGGAACAUUCAACCACUGAGCUACAUCCCCGUAUCUUUUUAUUUAGAGACAGUAUCUCAAACUUGCAAUUCUCCUGACUCGGCCUCCCCUCCCAAGUCCAUGGGAUUACAGGUGUAUGUCAUAGUACCUGGCUGGAAAAAUUUUUUUGAACAAGAUUGAAUAUAUUUGGUUUUCACCCAUUAUAUUUGUGAUGUUAUUAACUUAAGACUUUGUUUUUAUUUUGAAUAUAAAUUAGACUCUUAAAAAGUCAAGUCUAGAAGAACUAAUAAGCAGCAGCCUCAUUUGUGUCCCUUUACUAUUCAUCUUUUUGAUUACUAAUCUAUCUUAUUAUUUUAAUCCUUGAGCCUUUUAAAGUCUUUUGCAUUUUUGCUUUGUUUUCUUCAGAGGUUUCUUAUCUUACCUUAAACAUUAUUAAUUUACUUUAUGACCUAAUAGAAAUGGGACUACCAGGAACCUGAGAGGGUAGGAUACCAAAAAAAAAAAAAAGAAAGAAAAAGAAAAAAAGACCACCAAAGUAGAAAAGGACACUGAAGGAGUUUAUAGACUGGACAUAGGGAAUAUGAGCACUGAGAGUAAGACUUGUGUUCUGGGUCAAGUAUAUGCCAUUCCACAAUUUUUUGUUAUUAGAUUUGACUUAAUGUUAUAAAAUACUUUUGUGUGUCAUGGAUUUCUUAACUUCCAAUAUACUACCGUAAAUUUAAGCAGCAGAAUGUAAUGUAAUGUCAAAUAUUGGCAUCUAACUUGUAAAUGGUAUUUUUUUUAGGGCCACUCUAAUAAAACAAACCUUUUAUAUCU